AUGUCUCUGCUGCAUUACUGGGAGACUCAGCGCUCUGUGAAGCGCAGAAGGACGUCUGAGAAGGAUACCGAUCUCGAAACCAAUCUCAGCGAGAAACGACCACCGAGUCCGAGUCCGAGUCCGUCCUCCGGUGUGGUGGACACGGCUACUCCUGUACCCGUUGCUGAAGAGCCGGAUGCAUAUAUCCCCAGCAGUCAGACGGAAUUGGAGACUUCGUUGCCUGCGAUUCAGACCGACGAGGACGCGAUUAAGGCUUAUGAGGCUAGUCAAGCUGAGAAGGAUGAGGCUGAACCGGGGUUGCAUGUGAGAUUGCGGGAUGGAGUGUGGCAGAAGGGGAAGAGUUCGAUUUAUGUGGAUGCGUUUAAUUUGGCAUUGGAGACGGUGCUGGACGAGGAGUCGCACUUGUUUAAUGAGGCGGAGAUGGAGGUGUUUCAACAGUGGAAGGAUUUGUCUUAUGAGUCGCAGUAUCUAUAUGUACGGCUUUUCCUUCGCAAAACCUCUGCCUGGCACCGUAUCAAUCGAUUGGGCUAUUACUCUGAUAUCUCGGACUUGUCUGCGGUAGCUACUGAUCUCCAGCGAGAUCGUAUACUACCCAAGAACGAGGACCAAGAGACAAGGGAUCUAGACUUUGGAAACUGUUUUCGAUUCGCCGACGGUACACAGGAGAUUACCACGCUGGAAGAAGCAUCGUCUCUCCUGUUACUUGACGAACUGAAGGGUUUCGCGAAGGAAGUCAAGGCCCAAGGGAAGAACAAGAAAGAGCUGCUGGCAGCUCUAUGCGAGACUAGUCAAUCACAGACCGGACUCGGGUUCAAGGAGGAGCCGUGCAAGAACCAACCUGGUAAUAGGGAUGGUCACUUUCUUCAGAAGAUCCUGGAUUACACAGGGCAGUGCAUUCGGCUCACGCCCGGACCACGAGCUCUCUUCGAGCGUGUGCAUCUGGUAUUCUACCGAUCCACUGAGUGGACAGAAAAGUCCCUGACGACCAUCAUCCUGGCAAAGAUAUCACGGCGAAACUUCCCACAGUAUAUCGUGUGCCGAUCGAAUUCCAUAUUCUCGUCCCGAGCCGCACUGCUGGAAUUCGAGUCUGCGAUUCGAACGCAAUUCGAGAUUGACAAUAUCCUAGAAUUCAACGGUCCUCCAGCUACGGAGUCACUACAGCGGAUCAUCGACUUGGCUGACAAGUUCCACCCGCGAUGGCGGGCCCUCGUCGACGAAGAGCAGCGCAAGGAAGAUUCCAUCUAUGAAAGCGGCGAGGGCGCGUAUCUCCGUCGUUUCUCGCCAGCAUGGGUAUACACGAGGAUCAUCCAUAAAAGCCUCCACCCACUCGGCCGGUUCAAAGAACACGAGCGCGAACACGACGUCCUCACCGAACUCCUCGCCCAGCGCCUCUUCCAUGCCGCCCGCCGCGGCGCCUGGUACCAGCGCAAAGCCUUGCUAGAAGAACAUUACAUGUGGGCGCUAACGCCUACUGAGGCCCGGAAUGAGGAGAACCAGCGUAAAUUCUGGAAACGGGUUGCGCUGCGGACGUGCGAGGAGGGUCUUGAAGAUCCUCUUUGCCAUUUGAUAUAUCAUUAUGAUCUGCAGAAGCGGAUUACGAAGCUUGAGAAGGCGUUGAGGGUGGUUAAGAGGGAGCAGCAUGAUUUCGGACAUGUCAUGUUGAGUAAGCCUGUUGAGCGGACUAUCGAGGGGAUUCGCAUUGAGAGAGAUGAGGGGCCGAAGAAGGGGAAGGCUACUGUUUGGAUUGAUGAGCGGGAGGGUGGGGAGUGUCGAGUUGAGAGUAUGUGUUUGAGUUGGUAUCGGGAUCAUGGGUGGAAGGGGUAUCAUUCCGAGGGGGGGAUUGUGAGGACUUUGUUCGGCCUCCUCUUCUACGACAUCCUCUUCACCUACGUUCCCAACGUUUUCCAAACCCCCUUCCAAACAUGCCCCCUCGACCUGCACACAGACGUAUUCUAUCCAUCCCGCGCGUCAGAAAUCAACCACCGCCUCGUCGAAAUCACCAACGGCGCCGCCGAGCGUCUCAUCCGGGGAAUCCACGACCGCGAAGCCGCCACCCAGCCCUGCGCUAUCGGCAUAGACUGGUCCUUCGAGCUAGACGAUCUUCUCGAGAUCGUGCGGUGUUUCCGUGGUGAAGCACUAGCUACUAUAUGCAAGGUUAUGGCGCAGGAGUAUCAGCAGCGUGGUGGUGGGAUUCCAGAUCUGUUUUUGUGGAACCCGGACAAGGAGAGUGUUUUGUUUGUGGAGGUUAAGUCGGAGAAUGAUCGGUUGAGUGAUACGCAGCGGCUGUGGAUUCAUAUUCUUCUUGGGGCUGGGGUGCAGGUUGAGCUUUGUAAUGCCGUUGCGAGGGAGGUGAGGACUGAUUGA